AUGAAGAUAUUCUCUCGUCUUCUCCAAUCGCGCUACUCUUCGGAGUACAUUAGGUACCAUCCAAACACUGAUCUCCUCCAUAUCUCUCACCUAAUGUUUGCAGAUGAUGUAAUGAUCUUUUUCGAUGGAUCGAGCUCUUCCCUUUAUGGUAUAAGCGAAACCCUUGAUGAUUUUGCUAGUUGGUCAGGGCUUAAAAUGAAUCAGGACAAGACCGAGAUCUUACACGCUGGUUUGAACCCUUCUGAAUCCACUGUUAUUGCCAGCUAUGGAUUCCCUGCUGGUUCUCUCCCCAUUCGAUACUUAGGCUUGCCGCUGAUGUCUAGAAAGUUGAGGAUUUCAGAAUAUGCUCCGCUAAUUGAUAAGAUCUCAGCUAGGUUCACUUCUUGGGCUGUUCGGUCACUUUCAUUUGUCGGAAGACUCCAACUCAUCUCAUCUAUCAUCACCGGCACAAUGAACUUCUGGAUUUCAACUUUUCUGCUGCUCAGAGGCUGUAUUAAGAGGAUCGAAUCGCUGUGUAGUCGUUUCCUUUGGUCUGGAGCUAUUGAGGGGACGUUCAUGGUAAGAAUGAUCUGGUUGCUAUUCUUGGGUAAUAAAUCUCUCUGGGUGGCUUGGCACAAGCACCACCACAUCGGUAAUGAAAGUUUCUGGUCCAUUAGAGAGCACCCGCGAGAUUCAGGAUGCUGGAAGUCUCUCCUCAAGCUUCGUCAUUUGGCUGAGAAAUUUGUGAUCUGUUCGGUGGGGAAUGGUCGCACUGCAAAAUUCUGGUACGACGCAUGGAUCCCUCUAGGUCCUCUUAUUAAUCUGUUUGGCGAGAUGGGACCGAGAUCACAAAGGUUGCCUCUCAAUGCUGUUGUGGCUGAUGCUUGUAGCCAAGCGGGCUGGUGUCUGCCUUCUCCUCGUUCAGAUCAGGAGGUUCUCCUCCAUGCUCAUCUAACCACCGUUCAGCUUUCUGCUAAUGCAAAUGUCGAGGAUGUGUUCUCUUGGAAGGUCAAUGGCUCCCCUAGCAAGACUUUCUCCGCAAAGGGUACCUGGAAUAUGCUACGGUGUAGGGAGGAUGAAAAGGAUUGGUAUAAUGCCAUUUGGUUUAAAGGGGCAACGCCGAAGCAUGCCUUCUUCAUGUGGACGGCUCAACUGAAUAGGCUGCCGACGAGGUCGCGUCUUGCCUCUUGGGGUCUAAAUAUCCCGUCGUCUUGCUGCCUUUGCUCUGCUCAUGAUGAAACCAGGGAUCACCUCCUGUUCUGGUGUGGUUACGGCGGUGAGAUCUGGUCAGCGGUUCUAAGGCGCAUUGGUGUGGCUCCCUUUGUUUUCCAGUCUUGGACAGCCCUUUUAUCUUGGGUAAAGCAGUGA